ACCUGCUGCUCAACAAGUCUCUGUCUCUCUCUUCUGGGAAUGUGGGACUUCCUGAAGGCAUGGCAAGUGGGAGGAACCACAGCUGUGUUUCACACGAAAAAAAUCACUUCCCUGUGAGUUCACUAAGAACUCUGGCUUACACCUGUUCAUAUUAAUGAUUGAUCACUUCUAGAAAGCAGUUAAAGUUCCUGACUUAUUUCUGGCAGUUUCUGAGCAGUGAAGGCCAUGCUGUACAUAGAGUUGAUCAAGCUGUGGGACGAGGCUGUGAGAGCAAUAGACAGCCGGGACUGGCAGGGUGCUCUCACUAAACUCAACCAGAUCACAGAACACAACUGUCGCACUAUGUUUGUGGUUGCUUCGACACACAUUGCCCUGGGUCAGGUGGAAUCGGCCAUCAAGGCUCUCGACCAGGUAAUCGCAAAGGAUUCAUGUCUUGCUGUGGGAUUUUUUCAGAGGUCUGCCGUUCAUAUGAUAGCAAAUAGGCUGGAGGAGGCAUUGGCUGAUUGUAUAUGGGCGCAGAAAUUCAUGAGGGAAAACCCUGUUAUUGACUACAAACAGCUGGGUCUUCGCUUUAAAAUGUACACCUGGCAGGUCCUUUAUAAUGCAGCAGCCGUCCACUCUAGACUGCAGCAAUGGGACAAAGCCAGGGAAAUUUUGACGGCGGCCUCACAGGAGAGAGGAGCGGGCCGGAGCAACUUGGUAGACAUAGCUCUGGAGGUUAUUUCUAGGAGAGAUGUUUUGGAUCCUCUCUUGGUUCCUGAGGGUGAAGUGUUCCGUCCCAGGAAACAGGAGGUAGACCAGCUUAAACCGAGGGACUUCUUGGGUGAAGCUAAGGUCAUCACUUCUUUGAUUCCAAAUGAUGACUUCAGAGGUUUUGAUCCUCUCAGACCACAGAAACCAGGGUACUAUGAGCCAAAGGUAGAAGAUGGCCAGGACUCUCGUUACAUGAUAUUGAAGAGUGCAUAUGUGGCAAAAGGGGCAGGGGAGCUGAUGGUGCCUGCAGGAGCAGAAGUGUUUUUGUACAGUGAUGAUGACAAGGAUGGACUGGCAGUCGUCAUUUAUGAUGGAAAGAAAGGUCUGGUUCCAAAAGUCCUGCUUGAACCCAUGGGCAAGAAAAACAAGGGGAAAACCAAGCGAAUUGAACUCGCCAAUGGCAUCCCACUUCCACCAGCCCUAAAACCCCCAAAUCGACCACAAGCUCCAUCUCAACGUUCAUUAGAGUUGCAGCCCUCCUAUGCCGCCGCUACCCACACAACUCCUCCUACAACCGGCAACUCCACCUGCGUCCCUACACAGCAGGCUCAAACUUCACCUCAGGAGUCUGGAUCAGUCAUAGUCAAGGUGCACUAUUCAUAUACCAUGGCUCUGAGAGUCCCUUUAGAAACUUCUUUCCGGGAUCUGCAAGACAAAAUCACUGAAAAAUUAGGACAGCCUGCAAUGAACGUUCGCCUCAGACACCGAAGGAAUGGCACCAGAGCACUAACACCACUAAAUGGUGAUGAUAGACUGGAUAGCCUGGACGAUGUGGCUAAAUACGGACGUGCCCAAAUUUGGUGCCAGAACGAGGAACCUCUGGCCAACAGGGCCAUUCUCUAUCAGAUGGUGGCACUGUAUGACUACAGUGCACAAGGCCCAGAGGAUUUGGAAUUCAGUGAAGGCGACACAAUUGACAUUCUGAGUGAAGUGAAUGAUGAGUGGUUAGAAGGACACAUUGCUGGAAAUAUUGGCAUCUUCCCUCGAAGUUUUGCUUAUCGGGAUACAGACCACACCAGUGGGGCAUCAACAGAUUAACACAGCCUCUAAACAUCAACGGUGGCUGUAUUAGCCUUCAGUGAAUGAGAACUUUCUCAUGUGCAUCGACAGUCUUGAGGGGCCCAUCUGUUAAAAAUUAGUAUUUAUCUCCA